ACGCUGUAAUGUAGCCAGCGACGCUACUGAAGUUUGGUCUCACAAUUUUUAGCUGGCGAGAUGGCUCAACUGGCUAUCCAGCUAGCUUCCCGGUCUUCAACGUUUGCAAGCUGCACCCAACAAGCUAAAACUGUCCGAUAGCUAAUGCUACGUACCGAAAGUGAUAAAUAUCUCGGGACAUAACUGAUUCUUUUUUUCAUCGGGAGUAGGAAUUGGGUGUGGGUGAUAAGUGGAUAUGUAUUGCAAAAGUGGAUAGCCGGUUUGUUCGCUUCUGUAUUUAACUGUUUGACUUGGGGCUAUUCUAUCAUUAUGCAAUUGUUACAUCUUAAUGGAUAUUUUAACUAAGAAGUCAAAUUGCAUUUGCUGCCUGGUACAGUUCAGGUGAACGGAUACCACUACCUAGAUGGCUGACGUUAAUUGGGUAUCUCCGUUGAAGUGGAGAUGAUCCAGUGUUCUAAUUGUAUAGUGUUUUUGUUUGGUGAUUAGGUAAUUAGCUAGCCUAACGUUACUCACAAAUGAUAACUGCAGAUAUGUUUUCUUUUUGUGGUUGGUUGAUGAUUCGAGCUAUGAAUCUAUAGAGCUAGCUUGAGUGAGCGGCAGAGUUCGAGUAUGGAAGCGUGAGGUUAAAGUGAACUCGAGUGUCUCUUGGAUGUCAUCUUUUGUUUGUUGCGAAUUCCCACGGAUCAUAAGAUUGAAGAGCCUUAUUGUCACGGACGGUAUGAAGAGAGUAUCCUAGUCAAGAAGUCAUGGCCGAUAAGAGAAAACUGCAAGGAGAAAUAGAUCGAUGUUUGAAAAAAGUAGCUGAGGGUGUAGAGCAAUUUGAAGAUAUUUGGCAGAAGCUUCACAAUGCAGCCAAUGCAAACCAGAAGGAAAAAUAUGAGGCAGACCUCAAGAAAGAGAUUAAAAAAUUGCAGCGUCUACGAGACCAGAUAAAGACAUGGGUGGCUUCAAAUGAGAUCAAAGACAAAAGGCAGCUAGUAGAGAACCGCAAGCUGAUUGAAACGCAAAUGGAGCGGUUUAAGAUAGUGGAGCGUGAGACAAAGACGAAAGCCUACUCCAAGGAGGGGCUGGGUCUGGCACAGAAGGUGGAUCCUGCUCAGAGGGAGAAGGAGGAAGUUGGCCAAUGGCUAACGAACACGAUAGACACUUUAAACAUGCAGGUGGACCAGUUUGAGAGCGAGGUUGAGUCUCUCUCUGUCCAAACCCGCAAGAAGAAAGGAGACAAAGAGAAACAGGACAGGAUCGAGGAGCUGAAGCACUUCAUUGAGAAGCACAGGUACCACAUCUUGAGGCUGGAGACCAUCUUGCGCAAGCUGGACAAUGACUCUGUGCAGGUGGAAUUGAUCCGCAAGAUCAAGGACGAUGUAGAGUACUACCUCGACUCCUCACAAGACCCAGAUUUUGAGGAGAAUGAGUUCCUAUAUGAUGAUCUGGACCUUGAAGACAUCCCCCCACCACUGGUGGGACACUCCCACAUGGAGGAUGAGAUCUUCCCCCACUCCAGCAGCACCCCCAACUCUACCACCUCCUCCUCACCCAUUCCCCCAUCACCUGCUACCUGUGCUAUGGAGAACUCCGAGGAUGAUAAGAAAAGGGGCCGAUCUACAGACAGCGAAGUCAGUCAGUCACCAGUAAAGAAUGGCAAUCCCUCAUCAUCGUUGUCAUCAUCCUCUUCUUCCUCUGGGACGUCCUCCUCACUGGUUUCCAUGACUGCCACCUCGGAGGGAAGCGCGGCAUCCACUGGGAGCAACAGUCUCCUAGGCAACUUGGGGGGCCACUUACCUGGCAGCUUCAGCACAGCACAUCAGCAGCAACACUCCCAGCAGCACAACCAACAACAACCCCAAGCCAAAAACUCUUCUAAUACUGGAGGGGCCUCCAACAGCAGCUCCAGUCCACCAAACCUCCACCUCCCCUCAUCUACUGCUUCCUCUCCUCCCAGUUCCAGUACACCUGGCCCUACAUCGCAGAUUUCCCAACCCCAGACUCCCUCAGGUCAAUCUGCUGCCUCCAGCCUGAGUCUUGUUCUGGGCAAAGAUGUCAUGACUGGGGCGAAUGGUGCCAACCAGAUCCCUGGUUUCAGCAUGUUGAGGGAUGCUGGCAUCCCAGACACUAUGGCUAGCCUCCUUUCUGGCUCCACUGCUGCCCCUGCUUCAGGUGCGGUGGGAGGAGGGCUGGCAGGGUCAGCCGGGGGUAAUACUGGUAAUACGGUCUCUAGCGCUGGGGCUACAGUGGGUGGUAACAAUGGAGGCAGCACGUCUGUGGGUUUGUUGGGCUCCAGUCCUGGACUUGGUGUUGGUGUCAGCUGUGGGAUUCUGGGCCCGAGCACAGGGCCGGGUGUCAUCCAGGGACAACCUCAGCUGGCCCACAGUCCAGCUGGUCUGACUCCCAGAAAUGCAGUUGGAGUGAUGGGACCCAAUGGAGGAAACACAGCAGCAGGUGGAGGAGGGAGCAGUGGUCCUGUCAGACCGCCCAGUGGACAAAAGCAGAACGGUAGUACAAGUUACAGCGCUGUAGUAGCGGACAGCACGGCCGAUUCCGCCCUCAACAGUGCCAGCCCAUCACAGAGCAGCCAGCCCUCUGCCUUAGGCCCUACUGCCAAUCCACCCAAGGACAACGGCUCCAGCCUCCUGGGCCCCAUAACACUGCCUCCCAGCUCCCCCUCCCCGUCCUACAGCGAGGGCAAGCCAGGCGGGGGGAGCCUGCUGAACGGGCCUCAUUCCUACCCACAGGCCUCCGACGGCAUUAAGGCUCCUGAGCCCCUCAGCUCUCUGAAAUCUAUGGCAGAGAGAGCGGCACUGGGCUCAGGUCUGGAAGGAGAGAUACCUGCCUUGCAUCUCACAGACAGAGACAUCUUCUCUGGAUCAACUGCACCGCCUGGGCCUCCAGCAGCGCCCCAGCCCGCACUGUCAGAGGUCAACAUCCCUCCCUCAUUGGGAGUGUGUCCCCUGGGGCCCAUCCCCCUGUCUAAAGACCAGCUCUAUCAGCAGGCAAUGCAGGAGUCCGCCUGGACGCACAUGCCACACCCCUCUGACUCCGAGAGGAUCAGGCAGUACUUGAUGAGGAAUCCCUGCCCCACCUUGCCUUUCCAUCACCAGGUGCCCCCUCCUCACUCGGACUCUGUGGAGUUCUACCAGAGACUAUCCACAGAGACCCUCUUCUUCAUAUUCUACUACCUAGAGGGCACAAAGGCCCAGUAUCUGGCAGCUAAGGCCUUGAAGAAACAGUCAUGGCGAUUCCACACCAAGUACAUGAUGUGGUUCCAGAGGCACGAGGAGCCCAAGACCAUCACAGAUGAGUUUGAGCAGGGGACAUACAUUUACUUUGACUACGAGAAAUGGGGCCAGAGGAAGAAGGAAGGUUUCACAUUUGAGUACAGGUACCUUGAAGACCGAGAUCUACAGUGAUGGACUGACGGAGGCAGGUGACUAAAAAGGAUGAUGUACUACUGUCAACAUUCCUGGAUUAAAGCUGACAGAAGAGGGGAGAGGUGGAUGCAGAGGGGCUUUUGCAAUGUUUUCCGGGGGUGUGUGUUAUUUUGCUCCUUUCCCUGGAGUUUUACCCCCCAGGGAGUUCUCAUUGAAGCUGUUUUAUGACUUCAUUCAAGUGCAGGCCUUUGAUGAAAGAUCUUGAUUUAAAUUUGAUUUAAAGUUAUGUAUUAAAAAUUCUGUUGAACUUGAAGUCUCCAGUCUACUUGAACUGAAAACAACAAGCAGACUCAUAUUCAGGCAGGAUGGUAUUCAAAUGAAGGAAACGGGAAAAGUGAAACCACAGGGAAAGAAAAUUUAAUGGCAGUUUUGGCCACACCCAGUUUCCUAGUUUGCACCCAAUUGUACAAGAGCCCUACCAAUUUAGUGACUGUUUCCAGUUUGUGUUUCAGGCAGCAGUAUUGCUAGAUAUUGUGAUAAAUAUUCCCUAUGUUCAUUUUUCUUUAUUGGCACACCUUCAGCAGUUUGAUACAUGCCAGGUGUGACAAAAAUACAAAAGUUCUUUUCAGUGGUAUUGCUCUCUCCAUCAUUGCCUAUUGCUGUGGGCAGCCACAAUAGCACCAGCAUUGACACUAAAGUUUGUUUUGGAGUAUGAUAACAAGCAAAAAGAAGGAAUCAAAAAGGAAAUGUUCAUAGUAAACUGGCAUUGACUAUGUGGUGUUGUUUCUAGUUUUUGACUAAACUAAAUAGUUUAAAUGAGUCACGUUGUCACAUUUUCACUUCCAGGCAAAUUAUUUCAACUGAAGGCACCGUAAGAUUGUUAUGCUCUCAGUGUCCAAGUAUGGUUCCGUAGGGGCUUGAUCUUGUGGAAACAUUGUCUUUGUUCUAGGCCUUUUCCAGAGGAAUGUGUACAUGCAGCUGGGAAUAAAUUACCACCACCUUAUCCCUGAUUGUGCAGGAAAGGAACCAAAAUGAUUCUCACCAAAUGGCACUUCUGUCAGUGUUUUUAUUUGCAUUUAAAUUAGCAUUUGAAACAUUUUUUAGUAUUGAAUCUUGAGUGAUUUUUGAAUUUAAAGUCAUUUCCCCAAAUAUCAAAGUGACGUCGAAGAAAAUGACACCUUAAUUUAGAUUCUAGUGUUUUUGCCCGUUGGAUAAAGGAUCAUACCAUGAGGGUUUGUUUUUGGUUUACUUUCACUGUAAAGGAGAGGGGAAGGGAAGUGUAAUUUAAAGCAAAAAUGUGAACUGCUCCCAAAAUGAUGUAUAGACUUUCAUCCUUUUUUGUUGUCAUCAGGACAGCAUGGCAAA